UUAUCUUUUUCUUUUCAAUUUUUAUUUUCUCUUGGCAGCUUUUCUUCGACUGUUGUCGUUGAACGCGAAGCAUGAAAUGCAACCGCAAACCCUAGAAAUCAGUCCAAGGACGACCAAUUUCUCCACCAUCUUUCUCAGCGGCCGCUAACUUCCAAGAGACGCCGUCGUUUCACCACCUGUUCUCUUCUUUUAAUUCGCCUUUGAGUUCCCAUUUUCAACUCUCUCUCGCUCGCUCGCUCGCUCGCUUUCGCUCUGUUCUUUUCUCUCUUUUUUUAUGGCUAUUUUUGUUUAAAUUAAAAACCCUAACUCCCUAAUUUUCAAUUUUCAAUUUCUCGAUCGGCAAAGCUUUGAAGAAAUGUCGUCUCUUAGCAGAGAAUUAGUGUUCUUAAUUCUCCAAUUCCUCGAAGAAGAGAAGUUCAAAGAGACCGUUCACAAGUUAGAGCAAGAGUCAGGGUUCUUCUUCAACAUGAAAUACUUCGAAGAGAAAGCUCUCGCCGGAGAAUGGGACGAAGUUGAGAAAUACCUCUCUGGAUUCACUAAAGUUGACGAUAAUCGAUAUUCGAUGAAGAUUUAUUUUGAGAUCAGAAAGCAGAAGUAUCUAGAAGCUUUGGACCGGCGUGAUAGAGCUAAAGCUGUUGAGAUUUUAGUGAAGGAUUUGAAAGUUUUUUCGACAUUUAAUGAAGAACUUUAUAAGGAAAUUACGCAGCUUUUAACGCUCGAGAACUUUAGGGAAAAUGAGCAGCUAUCGAAGUAUGGUGAUACUAAAUCGGCUCGGAGCAUAAUGCUGGUUGAGCUUAAGAAACUAAUAGAAGCGAAUCCCUUGUUCCGGGAGAAACUUGUUUUGCCUACAUUAAAGGCAUCACGGUUGCGAACUUUGAUUAAUCAAAGUUUGAAUUGGCAACACCAGCUGUGUAAAAAUCCUAGGCCUAAUCCAGAUAUUAAAACCUUAUUCACUGAUCACAGUUGUUCACCUCCGAAUGGGGCUCGUGCACCUACUCCAGUAACUCUUCCAGUUGCAGCAGUUGCUAAGCCUUCAACCUAUGCUCCACUUGGAGCACAUGGUGGACCUUUUCCACCACCACCACCUGCUGCUGCUGCAAAUGCUAAUGCUUUAGCUGGCUGGAUGGCAAGUGCCAAUCCUUCCUCAUCAGUCCAAUCUGCCAUCGUUGCUGCUUCUGCAUCAUCAUUGCCUGUUCCUCAAAAUCAAGUCUCAGUUUUGAAACAUCCAAGAACAGCAUCAAAUAUGCUUGGAAUGAUUGACUAUGGGAGCACUGAUCAUGAACACUUAAUGAAACGUUUGCGGACUGCACAAUCUGUUGAUGAGGUCACAUAUCCUGCUCCUCCUCAACUAGCCUCAUGGUCACUUGAUGACCUACCAAGAUCUGUUGCUUGUACCAUUCAUCAGGGAUCCAGUGUCACAAGCAUGGAUUUCCAUCCUUCUCUUCAUACAUUACUUACUGUUGGUUGUAGCAAUGGUGAAAUUUCCUUAUGGGAAGUUAGCACGCUAGAGAGAUUGGUGUCAAAACCAUUCAAGAUAUGGGAUAUGGCUACUUGUUCAGUUCCAUUUCAGGCUAGUAUUGUUAAAGAGUCGUCCAUAUCUGUAAGUCGUGUAGCUUGGAGCCCAGAUGGAAGUUUGAUUGGAGUUGCAUUUACAAAGCAUCUUGUUCAUUUGCAUGCGUAUCAAGCAUCAAAUGAUCUACAUCCACAUCUAGAGAUUGAUGCCCAUGUGGGUGGCGUAAAUGACUUAGCUUUCGCUCGUCCAAACAAAAAACUCUGUGUUGUUACUUGUGGAGAUGAUAAGUUAAUAAAGGUGUGGGAUUUGUCUGGAAGUAGGCUUUUUAAUUUUGAAGGCCAUGAGGCACCUGUUUAUUCUGUUUGUCCUCACCAGAAGGAAAAUAUUCAGUUUAUAUUUUCAACUGCUGUUGAUGGCAAAAUCAAGGCUUGGUUGUAUGACAAUAUGGGCUCUAGGGUUGACUAUGAUGCUCCUGGACAGUGGUGUACCACGAUGCUCUACAGUGCUGAUGGUAGUAGAUUAUUCUCUUGUGGGACAAGUAAAGAUGGAGAUUCAUUCCUGGUUGAAUGGAAUGAAAGUGAAGGAAAAAUAAAGAGGACAUAUUCUGGUUUUAGAAAGAACUCUACCGGUGUAGUACAAUUUGACACAACAAGGGAUCGCUUCUUGGCUGUUGGUGAUGAUAGCCAGAUAAAAUUUUGGGAUAUGGACAAUACAAAUAUUCUCACCACCACAGAAGCUGAGGGGGGACUUCCGAGUCUUCCCCGAUUGAGAUUCAACAAGGAAGGAAAUUUGCUUGUUGUUACUACAGCAGACAAUGGAUUCAAGGUUCUUGCAAAUGCCAAUGGUCUUAGAGCGUUAAGGGCAAAGGAGGCUCGAUCUUAUGAAGCAUCCAGAACACCACUUGAGAUGAAGGUAUCUAAUUCUGCUAUGGGUACAAGCAUCGGUCCAGCAGUUAGCAAAGUAGAACGUGUAGACAGUCCUGCCAGGCCUACUCCAAUUCUUAAUGGAGUUGAACCGAUGAGUAGAGGCAUUGAAAAGCCGAGAACUUUGGAGGAUGUGUCUGAUAAAACAAAGCCUUGGGAACUAACUGAGAUUGUUGACCCUGCUCAGUGUCGAACAGUCACCAUGCCAGACAACUUGGAUACUGCCAGCAAGGUUGCUCGACUUCUGUACACAAAUUCUGGUGUUGGGGUUCUGGCUCUUGGGACGAAUGGGAUCCAGAAACUUUGGAAAUGGAGUCGCAGUGAACAAAAUCCUAGUGGCAAGGCAACUGCUAGCAUUGUCCCACAACAUUGGCAACCAAAUAGUGGUCUUCUGAUGACUAACGAUGUACCAGAUAAUUCUGAAGAUGCAGUUCCAUGCAUAGCACUGUCAAAGAAUGACUCUUAUGUAAUGUCUGCAUGUGGUGGAAAGGUUUCAUUGUUUAAUAUGAUGACGUUCAGGGUAAUGACAACUUUUAUGCCACCUCCUCCAGCUCCCACCUUCCUUGCAUUUCAUCCGCAAGAUAAUAAUAUCAUAGCAAUUGGAAUGGAAGACUCAGCCAUUCAUAUUUACAAUGUCAGGGUGGAUGAAGUUAAAACAAAAUUGAAGGGUCACCAAAAACGCAUCACAGGUUUAGCAUUUUCGACCAGUCUUAAAAUCCUGGUCUCUUCAGGUGCUGAUGCUCAGCUUUUCUUUUGGAAUGCUGAUGACUGGGAAAAGAUAAAAUCAGUGGCACUUCAACUGCCAGCUGGAAAAGCACCUCAGGGUGACACUCGAGUGCAAUUCCACUCUGAUCAAGUUCGCUUGUUAGUAUGCCAUGAAACACAACUUGCAGUAUAUGAUGCUAACAAGAUGGAACGCAUUCGGCAGUGGAUGCCACAAGAAGUACUUUCUUCACCUAUAUCUAGCGCAGCAUAUUCCUGCAACAGCCAACUAGUUUAUGCUACUUUUACUGAUGGUAACAUUGCAAUAUUUGACGCUGAUAGUCUGAGGCUAAGAUGUCGUAUUGCACCAUCUGCUUAUAUCUCUCCAGCGUUGUCGAACAGCCAAACUGUAUAUCCACUAGUUGUCACAGCACACCCACAGGAUGCCAAUCAGUUAGCUGUGGGACUGACAGAUGGCUCUGUUAAAGUUAUAGAACCCUUGGAGAUGGAGAGGAAGUUGGGACUGCCUGUGCCUGUGGAUAAUGGAACAGAGAAUGGCCGGACGGCAACAUCAUCCACCACCAACACCUCUGAGCAGCUGCAGAGAUGAUAAAUUAAUGAUCCUUUCUGCUUCGUAAAUUGUAAAUCAUCCAUGUAUAAUUUGUAGUUUGUCCAUUUAAAUGUGCCUAAUUAUACGUGUUUGAGCAUAUAGGGGAAAAAUGAAAAUGUUAGAUCAGGUGAGCAAGAUAUAUUCAUGUAUGUAUAUUAGAUGCUAAUCUCUCUGAUAAAUGUGACAUUCAAUUGCUACUUCAUUUCAUUUCUCUGAUAAAUCUGACAUUCAGUUGCUGUUUUCAGAUGA